GCCGCGGCGACUCGAGCGUGCUUUGGCUUUCGCUUUUGAACAGUUGUUUUUUUCAUAUUUCAUUUUUAGAUAAAUACGAGUGUGUACUUGUGCCUGAAUAAUAAGGAAAUAUAUAUAUAAACAUGACAUAUUAAUUAUUAAAACAAAAAAAAAAAAAAACCCACGUGUGUUAAUUUAUGUGAGUGUGUACUUGUGUGUUCCAGUGUUUUAUGUAAUUACUAUUAAAAAAAAUAAUUAUUUAAAAAAAAAAAAAAAAAAAAAAAACAAUAAUAUUCAUACUUUUCAUGACUGUUUAUAUUUUCAAUAAUUUAUUGUGAAAAUUUUUUUAAAUAUUUUAUUUCAUCCUACUGGAUUUUACUAUUUUGGUAUAAAUAAUUUUUAUAUAAAAAUUAAUUUAAUUAAAAAAAAUAAUAAACAAUGUUUGAAACUUUUUUUUUUUAAUUAUAAAAUUUUAGAGAUAUUUAAAUUUUAGUUGCAUUAAUUUUCUUAACAACUAGUAGAUAAUUAAAUUUAUAAAUAAAUAAGUGAAGAAAAAAAAAAUUUAUGUGUAAAACUAUUCCUUCACUGCCCACGCGUGUUUUCGCGAUUUUACUCAUACAAAAUAGAACCGUAUUAUAAUAAUAAUAAUAGUAAUAAUCAAUUACAAAAUGAUAUAAUUUAAAAAUAUACUUUUUAAUGGUUUAUAAUGAAUGAAUAAAAUUGAUAGUUAUAUUUUGUAGAAUAUUCGCAAAAAUGAUCAAUGAAAAAAAAUAAACAAAUAACGUAUCAAUGAAGCCAUGAAGGCAAAAAAAUAAAUAAAUUAUUCAGGAACAAUAUUAACAAGGUAUCAGUUAAAAAAAUAACAUCAACAAAAAAAUAAAAAAAAUUAUACCAAUAAUAAUAACAACACACAGCUAUUGUCAUAAAAAACAAAAUCCUGUUUAACAAUAAAAACAGUGUAAAAAAAGAUUUUGGAUAAUGGAAAUGUAGUAAAUUGUUGAUAAUAGUGUGUGUGAGUGUAUUUGAGUGUGUGUGCGUGUAUAAAAGCAAAUUUCUAAGCAAAAAAAAAUUGAGGAAAAAAAAAGGAACGAUAGAAAAGAGGAGGUGAGGGAGGAAAAGGGAGAAGAAAGGGAAGAGAAAGAGAAGAGGGUGGUUGGUUGAUUGUUGGGGUUAAUAGUAAUUGAGGCCUCGAAGGGUCCAUUCGUGAUAGAAUGGACCGAUUUAUUGAUAGCGAGGACAUUGAUGAGACAGUCUCAAUGUGGCUGAAUACUCAGUGUCCUGAAUACAUGACAUCGUCGGUUUGCCUGUGCCAAGGUUUGGUAAUUGCAAUACCGAUGUACCAAGAUAUUCAUGAUACAAGCAGGAUUGUAAUUUAUGGCUAAUCAUUGGUCAAUUGUGUUGGAUAGUGAAUUAAAUAAGUGAAACAAAAAAUAGAAGAAGCUAUAUAUAAACAAGGCUUCAAGUGAGAGAAUCAAAAAAAGAAAUAAAAAAAUUUAGUGUUGAUUUUAUUAAAGGAAAAAAAAAGAGUGAAAUUUGUUGAUAUAGUGGAGGUACUAGAAUGCAUCACAGUGCUAGUUACGGUAGUGGUCCACAGGAGCGUGUCCACCAGGUGUCAAGAGCUUCCGGGACAACUACACUUGAUGGAAAAUGUCCUUAUGAGUCUUAUCAAGCACCAAUACCAGAUUGUUGUGCAGCCGCGGCUGCUGCAGCUGCAGCUGCUGCACAAGAAACAUACCCAAGACCACCAAGUGCUUAUGAUGGACGUUGUUAUGAUGAUUGUCAGAGGAUACGUACACCCUAUCAAGAGGAAACAUUUCCUCAGCAAGAGAUACCAACACCAGGAAUACUUCGUUCACAAUCAAGGGUUGGUUAUGAGGAUCAAAGAUCACAAUCUCGAGUUGGAUUUACUACUGACUCAAGAUGUCAAAGCCGUAUGGGUUAUGAUCAUAAUGAUACUGGAGGUGGUUACUUGGAUCAAAAUGAUCCAAGAAUGUAUUGUACUGGUACAUAUUGUAUGGGUGAUACGAUGAUGGCUAAUUCAAGAGGUGUUUGUGGUGAAGAAGUUGAGCUUGAUAUGAGAAGACACAUACAGGCAUGUGCAUGUACGUGUAAUCACAUGGGCUAUGGUAACUACAUGGACUACCAGACAACGUGCCUAACUGAAUUACCAGAUGUUGCACCGUGCAACGGAACAGUUCGUCUUCCACCACCCUGUGUGGAAUCACCAAGUUCUGGUGGUAGUAAAGAAAGAAGAGAUCAAAAUACAAGAAAUAAAUGCCGUACUUUAGCACCAGUAUUAUUAUUUAUUGGUGCAUUAUUGAUGGGUGGUUUAUGUGUACCAUUUUUUUUACAUUCUGCACCAGCAACACAUCAACAAAGACUUGAAGUUAUCAGAAGGAUACUCACUGAAGUGCCUCUUAUAGAUGGGCAUAAUGAUCUUCCUUGGAAUGUAAGAAAAUUUGUUCACAAUCAACUUGGUGAAAUGAAUUUAAGUAGUGAUCUUGGUAGAGUUGAUCCAUGGGCAAGAUCAGACUGGAGUCACACUGAUAUACCAAGAUUGAGAGCUGGUCUCGUUGGAGCCCAGUUUUGGUCGGCAUAUGUGCCUUGUGGUGCAGCUCAACUCAAUGCUGUACAAUUAUCUCUUGAACAAAUUGAUGUUAUUCGAAGAUUGGCUGAGAUGAAUGCACAACAUCUAACACUUGUUACAUCAGUAAGAGGUCUUAUCAAUGCUCAUCGAGAUGGCAAAAUUGCAAGUCUUAUUGGCGUUGAAGGCGGCCACUCUCUAGGCAACUCUCUUGGGGUUCUGAGAACAUUUUACGGACUUGGAGCACGAUAUCUAACACUGACACACGCUUGCGACACUUCGUGGGCAGUAUGCUCAGUUGGUGAGACCAAUACAACACAGGACAACAUACCAGGUCUCAGUGAAUUUGGAAAAGCAGUUGUGAGAGAAUUAAAUAGACUUGGAAUGCUUGUGGAUCUUUCACACGUAUCAACGAGAACAAUGAGAGCCGCACUACAAAUCACAAGUGCCCCGGUCAUAUUCUCGCACAGUGCAGCACGGGCUCUUUGCAAUUCUAGUAGAAACGUGCCUGACGACGUGCUCAGAAAUCUGGCAAAAAAUGGUGGCGUUGCCAUGAUACCAUUUUAUACGUACUUUAUAACGUGCAACAGUACAGCAACGAUAAAAGACGUGAUCGCACACAUCAAUCACAUAAGAAAAGUAGCUGGUAUCGAUCAUGUUGGUAUUGGUGCUGGUUUCGAUGGAAUAAAUUUUACACCAACUGGUCUUGAAGAUGUAUCAAGAUAUCCUCAAUUACUGGCAACAUUACUUGAGGAUCCUACUUGGAGUGAGGAUGAUAUAAAAAAACUUGCUGGUCUUAAUUUACUACGAGUUUUUGCUAAAGUUGAACAGAUAAGAGACGAGUGGCAAAAAGCAGCAGUAUUACCAGUAGAAAAAAUAAGUCCACCAGAUAAUUCAGCAUGUGCUUAUGGUGCAUCCUGAUCUUCCUUGAGAACAAUUGUUCCAGGAUUUCUUGACUUGGGACAUUCACCAAAAAUUGAACAUGGUCCACCAGAUCCAAACACCAAAAUACGAGUAGUAAAAACGUAAAAAUAAUUUGUCUUUUUUCAAUAAAAAGAAAAACUCAAAUCGAACAAUUAAAAAAAAAACUAUUCUAUAAUAAUAUUCACAUUGUUAUUUUUAUUUUUAUUAUUAAAAAAAAAAAUAAAUAAAAAAACAUAUAUAUAUUUAAACAAUGAAUCAUAAUAAUAAUAAUAAAAUAUUAAUAAAAUGUAACAAUAUUGAUGGUUCUGAGAUGUGUUGAAUUUUUUAGAGCUCAACAAUUAAAAAGGAUACGGAUGGAAUUUUAAAAAUUGAAUUCAAAUUGAUAAUAAUUCAAUUGGAUGAAAAUGAAUAAUUGUAUAAUAGUAGAAUUUAAAAUAAUAUUAAUAAUAAAAAUUCAAAGAAACAUUGUAAUGAGGACUGAGGACCAGUGCCAAUAUAUAAAAAAUUAAUUAAAAAUGAUAAUCAGUGAGUUAAAAUUAAUUAAAAAAUAUUAAGUAAGAAAAUUUUCCAUCAAACAUUUCUUUCCAAUGCAAAAAAAAAAAACGUGUUCAUAUACUAACGAAAUAAAAAAAUCUGUAGAUAACGUAUGAUGGAAAUAAAAAAUUAAAAACAUUAAUAAAAAAAAAAACCUUGUAUAGAAAAUAUAUGAUUUUAAAUAUCUUUGAUAAUUUUAGUUUAAUUCAAAAAUAAUUCAUAAUAAGAAUAAUAAAUACGUCGAUUAAUCCAAAACCUAACUGAUCAAUACAAUAAAGUAAUUUAUAAAUAAACUGCCUAGAACUCAGAGAAAAUAUUGUUAAACAAAAAAAAAUUAAUUAAUUUAAUAAUUAAUCAUACGCCCAAACGCACAAAACCAAAGUUUGGAUAUUUAUAAUAUGAAUGGAAUUAAUGAAAAUGAAAAAAAAAAAAAAAAAGAAAACAAUAAUAAUGCAAAUACGGAAUCACAUUUUAUUCCUCUACAAGAUUUUUUUAAGUUGUCAAUAAAUAUUUAUAUAUAUAAUAAUAAUAUAUAUGAAUAUAAUUUGAAUUGAAAUUUACAAUCUUUUUUCAUAUUUGUACCAGCUCCUCUACAACUAGGUAUUCAUACAUAAUGAGUCAUUAUUAAUGACAGAUAAAAGUAUGUAUGUAUAUUAUACAUAUAAAUAUAUAAAUUAUAAAAAUGCAUAUAUAGGUAUGAUAAUUGUAAUUAAUUAUAGCUAAUUAUAUCAAUGAAAAAAAAAAAAUGUACAUACGGUUUAUCUCAAACGUUGAGAUGCGAAUAGAAAAUUUAAUUAAACAAAAAAAAUAGGUACGGAAUGAUAUUAAGAAAAUUUAAUAAAUGAGUCAACAAGAGAAUUUAUUUGUUUAUUGAAUUCUCGACGCGAAAAUGUUUACCUUGAACAUAUUUGCAUGAAAAUAAAUGAAUUUAAAAAAUUAUAUAUAAUGAGAGUUUAGAAUAAAAAAAUACUAGAAUUGAAAAUAUUUCAUUGACAGAGAAAAACUGGGUAAGAACAAUGUCACUGUGAAAUUUAACUCAAUUAUAUAAUAAUCCCUGUUGUUCUAUACAAUAUGGAAAUAUAAAAAAAAAAUCUUUAAAUCAAUAAAUAGGCUGAAAUUAAUUAGAAUAAUUCAAAAAGUAUGUCAAGUGAAAAUUUAAAAAUAAAAAAUAUAAUAUUUUCAGUAAUUUUAAACUUGAAAAUUAAACAGAAUUUAAAAAAAAUGAAAUAAAAGAAUGAAUUUAAAAAAAAAAAACUAUAAAAAUUUUAGUAGAAUUUUCAGAAAUGAAACAUAUAAUUAAGAAUUCAUAAAUAGUUAAAAUGAAAUUUAAAUUAAAAAAAAAAAAUUUAUGCAUAAGAAUAAUUGAUUUUACAUGGAAUGACUGAGGAUUAAAUAGUAUAAAUUAAAUAAUACAAUGAAAAAAAAAAUAAAUGAAUAAAUAAAUCAACAUCUUAUAGAAAGUUUUAAUUAAGUUGAAUAGACACAUCUUUAUCAAAAUCUUUAUCAUACCAGUUAUCAAAUAAUAAAUUGAAAAAAAAAAAAUUCAUCGAGUGAUUUUCAUUGAAUGAUUAGAUUUUGCAAAUAAAUUACAAAUUAAUAUUCAAAAAAAAAAAUUAAGAAAAUCGCUCAAGGUAAAUUUUUACUUAUAUGAAAAAUAAAAAUCAAUAAAAAUUUAGUUAAAUUUUUUUAAAUUAGAAAAAUGGAAAUAUUGAAAUUCUAUAUUGCCAUUGACUUGUUUGUCUGGCUGUUAAUUUAUUGAAAAAAAAAAUAAAAUAAAUAUAUAUAAAUGAAUAAAAGUUGUGACGAAUUCACGUGUGCACUAAUCUAUUUCUUAUGACGCACUCUUUCACAUAAUUAUAAGAAAUAAAUUAUAUUAAUAAAUUCUUUUAAAAAUAAAAAUUAAUUAUUUAAAUCUCAUCGUGAUGCUGUGUGUAAAACUAAUAUGUCAACUGAUGGAAAUGCAGAAAUUAUCACAACUAACUGAAAGCUCGAAACUUUUCUUUUUUUUUUCUAUCAACAAAUGAAUAUUUAUAGUGGAAAAAAACACCGUGAAAUUACAAAAUGUUUAUAAAUUUUUUUUAAAUGAUUAAUUUAACAUUGAUUAAAACUUUUUUUUAAUUUUAUUUUUCAUGCAAAAAUAACAAAGAUAUAGUCAGAAUUGAAUUGGCGUUUGCCUGACCAUUCAUCGUUAUUACUACUGACACAUGAAAAUAUAACUUUAUUGGCUCAUUGCUCAUCAUAAUCAGUCACACGCUGAUUUCGUCACAUUUCAAGCAAAGAUAAAAAAAAGAUGAUACAUCAUUAAUCUAGUAAAACUUUAGACUCAAGACAUUUAAUGCUAUGGAUUAAGAAAAAAAAGAAAAAAAAAAACAUAGACCCAGAAGGAAUGAUGAAAUAAGAUAAAUAAAUAGUUGUUUCAGUUUUUUUUUGAUGUUAGGUAUUCAUGAUGUCAUGAGAAUAUUAAAUGAAUAAAUUGUACUUGUGAAAAUUUUAAUUUGUCUUGUCAUACAAAAAAAAAUUCAAUCAAUAUAAAAACAAAA